AACAGAGAAACUAUAUGGUAAAUAGCAUCUGUAAUGACCUCAUCCGGAAUGUUAAUGUGCACUGGCGGCAGGCACCUGUUUUAUCACUUCCAAUGUCGCCCCCUGGCGAAUCCAGGCAGAAUGCUCCCCUGUUCGUCCCUUCUCCGCCUCUGCAGUGUUGGUGCAGAGACAGAGCUCCAUCGGAAGCAGAGCAUCCGGAUCGCCGAGAGGAGGAAGCUUACCCGCUGUUGCCGGACCGGAAUAUUACGCCCACGUUCAUGUUGGAAGUGUUCUCGCAACUGAUUGCGCCCGCCCCCAAUUGGAGAGUCAUCCAGAAUUAUUGCAGCACAUUCCGACACACACCCCCUCCUCGCCCAGAUGCUCCUGUCCCAUCUGUAUCCGUGUUCAGUCUUUUCUCGAAUUAUGUGUCUUCGCACUACCCUUCCAUUCGUGUCAUUCUGGAUGCCGGCGAUGCGGAUGAGGCCUCGAUGAUGUCUCUCCGUCAGGAACUCGCUCAGGAGACUGUUGACGGCAGGCAAUUCGUCCUUGCAGUGUAGACCACUG